GCCCCUCUUCCUUUUCUUCCUCCUCCCAUCCCCCUUCCCGCCUUUUCUUCCCGUCUGUCCUCUGCGCACUCCGUAGCAUGCAUGGCUGACUCCUACCAGCUUGUAAUUGACGAUACAUCCCCCACCAUUUCUUUUUUCCCUUUCCCCGACACCCUCGGCAUCCCGGACCUCUUCUCCGGCUGGAAUCCAUAUUACACAGGCUCUGGCUUUGCGUCCACUCUCGGCCAGCAAGGCGUAGGCGACAGUCUGCACAUCACGUCCCUCGAUGGUGCCGCUCUUUCUAUUCAAUGGUUCGGUACUGGCAUUCAACUAUUCGGUAAUGUCACCUCGGUCACGUAUGACCUCUCCCUCGACGGACAGACAAAUUCCUCCAUCUCCUCCUUUUCCUCCGACCCCACCCUCCUGGCAUCCUACAGCCAGCUCUCCGAUGCCCAGCACACGCUUUCACUUAGAGUCCACAAUCCUAACAAUUCGACAUCCUCACUGAUGGUCAUUGACAAAGCUGUCAUCACGAUCCCCACUGAAUUGCAAAACGCUACCGUGAAGUCCAAUGUUCUCGACGACACGAGCCUUGCCUUUACGGGUGAGUGGUCAUUCCAGGAAAACAGCGCCGUGUCGCCGCUGGACAGCACUUUCCACACAUCCACAAACAGCGGGGAUCGCUUCGAACUCCAAUUCAACGGCUCUGCAGUGUCCGUUUCCGGUUAUCGAAAUUUCGAUUCCGGGCACUACACGGUCAACUUGGAUGGCGCGGACGUCGUCGAGUACAACGGCCAGUCAUCCUGGACGGAACCUACCAUGCUCUUUUUUCAGACAGGACUCGACCCGGACGUCACGCAUGAUUUGAGGGUUACGAACAAUGAAGAUCGCUUACUUGCCAUUGGCGCUGUCAACAUCACAACCGUUUCAGGUAUACGUCACAUGACUUCGCUCUCGUCGCGUUCUGGUCUGCCUCGGGGCACGAUUGCGGCCAUCGUCGUUGCAGCCUUCCUCGGCCUGGUCAUCGGAUGCCUGGCCAUUUUCUUCUUCCUCCGCUACCGCCGACGCGUGAUAUCGCACCGUCAGCGAUCUUUUUCUCCUUCUGGAAGAGGUGGCGAGGAUCAUACGGGGGGUGUGCUCGACAUCGGGCCCGGGGGUGGAGACGGACACAGUCACCAUGAUGACAAAGGGAAGGAGCCUGCGCACGAAGGCAGCCUCAGCUUCACGCUCGACCUUCCAAUCCAGUCGAAUCCGAACAACACUUCUUCGCAGCGCGGAUACUCAGAAGACGGUGUGCAGGGAAUCCCGCGCAGCCCCACGGUUUCUCUCGUGCGUCCGCAGGUCGCGCACGCACGCGACUCGAGUCGUGGGGCGCUCCUCAUCGAGUCCCCGGUUGAGAGCCCACGCCUCGAGAUGCCACAGCACAGCCCUUUCCACAUCGAGUUUGCCACGAGGAGCAGGGAAGGGAGUGCCGAUGGCCAGCUUUCCGCGCGGCGCUCACAUGGAGGAGGACUGCCAUCGACGCCGACCUUGCCGCAGGCUUCCCUCCCACACGUGAACAUCAUCGGGAGCAGUCCCGGCGCCUCGCCUCGUGAAGGGUCGAGCGACGACAACCGUAACACCGUUUAUUCCUUCCUCGAUAUCUCGCCCGAGUCGUCGCUCCGCGGGCCCCCGUCUGUCGCACAGUCUUCGUCAUCCUCGUCCGACGCGCGCAACCGGGUGAGCCAAAUGAGCGAGCAGAGCUAUGCGCCUGAUCGCCCAAUAUCCUUGGGCUUCGCGUUUGACUACCAUCGCAGUAUGCCGGCAUUGAUGCCUGCGAGAGGAGUAUCGCCGAUUCCUGCAUCACCACCUCCAGGGUCUUUGGCUACCAUCCGGCCGCUUCCCAGGCUGCCACUGUCUCCUCUGCGAGCAGAGACAAAUGUAUCAACUGGGUCGUCCAUGACACCACAACCACAGUCACAGUCGCAGUUCUCCCUCCAGUCAGAGCACCCGCCCGCUCUCCGCGUUCAAACCGUUCUAUCACCGCCCACUCGACGUCCCCGCUCCCUCUCCGCCUCCGCCGCAGCCGCAACGCCCGGCGCACUUUCUUCCGGUAACACCGCGAACAUCGUGCUCCACUCGCCUCUGCAGAUGCAAGUCCGCCGCUCCGUCAACCUCGACGCUGUCUCUCCCACCGAUAGCAUCCCCGUGACGGUCUCGGACAUCCACUUCCGCCACUCGUCGGACGAGAACACAGACGACAUGGAGCAGUCUCCCAGCCGCCGCACGAGCGCCUCGCGCCCCGGCCACCCGCCGCUCCCACAGCGCGAGUACGCCUCGCCGUUCAUCGUGCAGAAGCUGCUCGGUCCGCAGGCGAUCCAGGGGCGCUCGGGGCAGGGGUACGAGCUGGGGUCGACCCCCGCGCCAGGGUCGGGGCGACCGCUUCUGGGCUCGGGAUCUGGGCACACGUCGAGGCCGAGCCAGUCGACGCUGCGGCCGCACCAGCGGCAGGCCUCUGGGCAGGUCAGGGCGGCGCGCGAGAGCGAGGAGUCGCUGUCGAGCCCGCGCUUUGCGCCCGGGCUGGGCAGACCGGAUUGGUAG